ACUAUCGAGAUGAAGGCCGACAAGACCCUUUCAUCCGUCCUUUCCGCAAGAGCCUUCAACGCGUUGAUGAUGGUGGACUUCUGGAAUCCGAUCUACUCAUGGAGGCGCGCAGUCUUGAUGCAGUAUGUUCCAGGGACGGCAUCUUUCGAUCCGGAGAGCAGCAGAUAUGAUCUAGAGGAUGCAUUCAUCACAAACGUCAAGAAAUCCGGUCUUUACACACAAGGAGACAGAGAGAGCCUAGAGAUCCAGUUUAUCUCCCUCCUAGAAGUCGAGCUCGAGCAACAUCAAAAGCGGAUCCAAGCCUACCUCAACCACGCACGGGACCGCCUUAAGACCUCCGAAGGUCUCUUGGGUUGUUUGACUCUGGCAGAGUCCCGCAGGUGA